AGAUACUGCUCGGCAGUCUAUUUUGUCAGUCGAGCUUUAAACAUAAAAUUUGCGGAUCUCAGUUUGUGCUGUUGAAUCAAUUGUUUGUUUUUAUUUUUCCCUAAUCAAUACAGUUAAAUAAAUUUUUAUUGAGAAUAAUAAUUCAUAACAUAGAGUGAUUGCGAUGUUCUUCAAGGUCGCAUUACUUUGCUGUCUGGGCUUAACAGCCAUCCAUGCUAAGCCACUAGAUGGAGUCAAAUGCAUAGAUAUGAGUAUGCGUACUUCUGAUGCGCCAACGGCUACACACACUGUACGCAUAUGUGCGCCCGAAAUAGAGAGUGAUGUAACAGAACCUGGCGGUUCGUUGUUGGAUAUAGACGUACCAGCACGUCAUCUGCUGCCACCCAACAAAGGUUACAUUGGUGAGUAUGCGGUGAAUUCGAAUGGCUACGCGGAAAACUAUGCCGCUGCAUACCCUGGACAAGCCUACAGGAUGGCUCCACUAGCGAAGGAGUACGUGCCGAUGAGUGUACCUGCGCUAGUUGCACGACAACCAUAUGACUAUCAAGUGAUUAACAGUGUAUUACCACAAGAACAACAAGCCAUAGAUUUCCAACCGCUCGAGGAAACCAUGCUGGAACAGCAAACGAAGCUAAAGAGCAUUGUUGAAGAUGUAUCAACUGUAAAGGAGUUUGUGAGUGAUCUCGAAAAUCACUUGAAAACUGUUUCCGAUACUCUGGUAACACAGGAGAAGGAUAAGAAAGCAGACGUGGACGUAAAUAUUGUCAUGAAACUUAAUCCAUCUUUGGAAGAACUACUGAGGACUAUGCUUACGUUGGCAGGCGACAAAGCAUUUGACAAAACAACGACUGAAAACAGUGAUAAAGAAUUCGAAGAUUUUAUGAAUUACAUAAGAACAGGCGGUAGAACAACAGAAGAAAGAGAAUCAACUGAUACUGCGCGUGAUUCAACAGUAGACGAUGGUAGUAGUGAAGAAGCAGAAGUGUUUGAUGUAGAAAUAAAUGGUAAAACAGAAAACAAAGCCGAAGAUGAAGAUGAGAAAGAAUGGAAGGAGGAAGAAACAGCAGAAGCAGUAGAUGAAAAAGUGGAUGAUUUUCACUUGACCGAUGAGGAAGUGGAGAAUAUGUUGAAUGAAAUAUUUGGCUCCGGUCCUAGUGUAAAUGGAGCCAGUGCUGAUGUUAACGACAAAGAAGAAGAUGAAGAAAACUACAUAAACAAUCUCUUUUCAUCAGCCGCCGAACAAACUGAAACAGAAAAUAUCGAAGAAAAUGUCAAAGAAUUCGACUUAGGCAAAGAUAGUGAUGAAGUUAAUGAAAAAGAUUUAGAUGACCUUUUAAAUAGUGCAUUUGGUAGAGGCCAAUCUUUGAACGACUACGCUGAUGAUGCUGUCAAUUUGCUCCAGUUGUUGACUUACUUACGUUAGGAGGAAAUAAAAAAGAUAAGUUACAUUAAUAUCUGGAUAUUGACGAACGAAUAACGAAAACUUCCAACUUUGUGAUUUUAAUGUUCAUUUAAUAUAUUUCUUAUUUUAUAACAAUUAAAUGUUCUUUCUCGCCAAAAAACUUGUAAUUCUGCCGAAAUCAUAUUUAAUACGAAAAUUAUUUUAAAUAAAUUCAGAACGAAACAAA